CCAUGCGUUAUGGGCCCCUCCAGCCUCCAUCGCAUUCCAACCCCCUUGCUGCUUGCUAACCUUCUCUCGGUUAAUGUCCUGGUCGUGCCUUCGAGCUCUUCACAUCGACGUAUAAAUCACAGAAAUUGCAAGCAGUUCUAUGAUGUCCCCCUUACCUCCGUCGUCUAGCGCCAAACGCACCCUCGCAAUCCUCACAAACGCCACAGCCUUAUCGGAAUUCGAUGCUCUAGUCCGCCGCGGCCUAGUGGUCUACGCACCCUCCAAAGUUGUGCGCCUCACGGUUGACAAUUUUCAAUUCGAGUUCCAUAUCAAUCAAUCACUCGCCAACAAGCCUCAAUCCGGCCAGGGUCUCCAAGUCUCAGACGAGAAAGCUACAUCCAGCAACGAUGGAAACAAACCACCAACCCCGUCCUCCAAACCAGCUACUUUUGGACCCGGCAGUGACCUCGCCUGCCCCACGCCCGACCUCAUCAUCGCCACCAUCCACACCACCCAUAUCCUCGUCCCGAACGCCUACUGCGUCUUCCGGCCGCAAUUUCUUCUCCUCACGCAGGACUCGUACCGUCGCCAGCACGAGCCUCUAGAUCAAGCUGACCUCGAAGCCGCCCGCGCCGUGCUCUGCGCUCUGGGCGACGAUCGGCCUUACUUCGCCAUGUUCAAUUGCGGCCGCACCGCCGGCGCAAGUAGACAGCAUAAGCACAUGCAUAUCAUCCCUUGCAGUGACGAGGAUAUCGACCAUGUCGUUGAGCUGCCUACGGAGAGAAGCAGAUUCGAGAAUGGCGAUGGCGCGCCGAAGCAACCUAUUCUCCCCAGUAUUCUCCACCCUCGAGCAGAAGACAUCCCCUUUGCUCAUUUUAGAGUUUCGCUGUCCGCCUCUAAGUUUCGGGACCUGGCUUAUUCUAAGUUUUUGCAUGAUGCGUAUGUGUCUCUGUUAGAAGAGAUGCACACCGCAUUGGGAGGCGAUGGAGAGUGCAUCGCGCAUAAUGUCAUUCUGAUUAAGGAUUGGAUCAUGGUGAUCCCCCGGUCUAAGGAUCGGAAUUUGGAUGUCGCGGUGAACGGGGCGGGGAUGGUGGGGUCGGUGUGGUUGGAUCGGGAGGAAAUGUUGGCCCGCUGGUUGGAGAUUGGGCCGGUGGAGGUUUUGCGGGGAGUCGGCUACACUCUGCCCAGCGAGUGA